GGGACACGCGCGCACAGACUCCGGCCAGAGCCGCCCUGGUGUCAGCGGCCCGGCUCCGCGUCCGCCCCGGCUGCCCAGGCGCGCAGCACCUGUCGCUCGGUGUGUCCCGGAGCCGGUGCCCCUGACGCCGGCCGGCCAGGGAGUGCCAUGGUUUCCCUGCCCGGGCGCCCCGCGACCAGCUUGCUGCGGCUUUUGUUCCUGGGGCUGAGUACCCUCGCGUCCUCCUCGCGGGCCCAGCUGGAGCUUCACGUGCCCGCGGGCCUCGCCAAGCUGAAGGCGGUGGAAGGCGCGGAGGUCGUGCUCCCGGUGUGGUACACCCUGCGAGGCCAAUCGCCCGCCCAGCCUGGGCCGUGGGAGUUGCUCACCGUGAUGUGGUUCUUGGAACAAGGGCAGGAUCUGAACCAGGUGUUGGCGUACAUCAGUGGGGCCACAUCAAGCAAAUCUGGGGUAUCCCUGGUCUACUCCAUGCCCUCCCAGAAUGUGUCCCUGCGGCUGCAGGGCCUCCGGGAGAAAGACUCUGGGUCCUACCGCUGCUCUGUGAAUGUGCAAGACCAUGAAGGCAAAAAUAGGAGCCAUGGCAGCAAAACUUUAGAACUCAGUGUGCUGGUUCCUCCAGCUCCUCCCUCCUGCCGCCUCCUGGGCGUGCCCCGCGUGGGGACCAAUGUGACCCUGAGCUGCCAGUCCCCAAGGAGUAAGCCAGCUGCCCAGUACCAGUGGGAGCGGGCACCCCCAUCUGCCCAGGUGUUCUUUGCACCAGUUUUAGAUGCCAUCCGUGGAUCUUUAAGCCUCACAAACCUUUCCAGUCCCAUGUCUGGAGUCUAUAUCUGCAAGGCCCACAAUGAGGUGGGCAGUGCCCAGUGCAACGUGACCUUGGAAGUGAGCACAGGGCCAGGGCCUGCGGUGGUUGCUGGAGCUGUCGUGGGCACUCUGGUGGGGCUGGGGAUGCUGGCCGGGCUGGUCCUCUUGUACCACCGCCGGAGCAAGGCCCUAGAGGAGCCGGCCAAUGAUAUCAAGGAGGAUGCCACUGCUCCCCGGACACUGCCUUGGCCCAAGGGCUCAGACACAAUCUCCAAGAAUGGGACCCUUUCCUCGGUCACCUCAGCUCGAGCCCUCCGGCACCCGCAAGGGCCUCCCAGGCCCGGUGCCCUGACCCCCACGCUCAGCCUCUCCAGCCAGGUCCUGCCUUCACCCAGGCUGCCCAGGACAGAUGGGGCCCAGCCUCAGCCAAUAUCCCCCAGCCCGGGUGGGGUCUCUUCCUCCACGCUGAGCCGCAUGGGCGCUGUCCCCGUAAUGGUGCCCGCCCAGAGUCAGGCUGGGUCUCUGGUGUGAUGGUCCAGCCACUCAUCAGCUAAGCCAUCUGGUUUCUCUCCUUCCUAGACGGGUCCCCCUAGCACAGAGGCCUGAGUCUUGGGAGACCACCUUCCAGACCUCCAGUUCUCUGCUCACACCUUUCUUUACUAUGGGGAAACUGAGUCUCAGUUAAGAUCCAAACAUUCAAGAGGUAGAAGAGGAAGUGAAUCUUGGGGAUUAGGAAGAGGGCCACCCCCUCCCCCAGGCCUUCCUAUGACUGCAGGGAACACUGCUGAGAUGUGGCCCUGGUAGGGACGGGCCAGUCCAGGAGUCCUCCAGGCCCUUGAUCUGUACUCCACCCCAUCUAACAGCAUCCUUCACUCCCACUCCAGCUCCCUGCAUUCAUAUAACCUGUCCUGCUGGCUUGGUUGGGUUUUGUUGGGGGCAGGGGAUAGGGAAGGUAUUUUUUUUUUUAACUAACUUGAAAUAUGUUUUUGUUUUUAUUUUGCAAAUUUUAAUAAAGACGCAUUGUGUUUGUAUGGAAA